GCCGAAAUGAAUAGGAAAUAAACAUAGCCUUCAACAAACCCCUCUGAGUUCUUCACUAAGGAAGAGCCAAAGGGGUUGUUAUUUCAUAAGGAAUUCUCCCUAAAAUAUUUUUAAAAAAAUAUAAAGGAAAAUAAGGAAAAAAAAACUAAAAAAUGGAAAAGAAAGUGAUUAUUGGUGGAGUUGCUUCUAUUCUUGUGGUGGCUUGUGUGGUGGCAGCAUGUGUCACCCUUACCAAACAUGAUGCAGAAACUUCAUCAAAAGGACUUGCAACCUCCACAAAGUCUGUGCAAUCUAUGUGUCAGCCUACUCCAUACAAACAAACUUGUGAGAAGACCCUGUCCAUAGCCAAGAAUGUGUCGGACCCAAAGGAUUAUAUCAAGGUUGCAUUCGAAGCGACUGUGACUGAAUUAAAGAAUAUCAUCAAGAGCAUCGAACCAAUCAAGAAAGCUGCCAGUGAUCCAUAUACGAAAGAUGCUCUCCUAGCUUGUGAACAGUUGUUUGACCUUGCCGCUGAGGAUCUAAGGACCUCUAUUACCAAAAUACAAAACUUUGAUAUCUCCAUGAUCAAGGAUGUUGUGGAUGACCUAAAGACAUGGCUUAGCGCAGUUCUUGCUUAUGAAGACACUUGUUUGGAUGGUUUUACAAAGAAAGAAUAUAGUGAAACGCGUGAAAAAAUGGCAAAAUUAAUGAACACCACUCAGGAGCUUACUCUUAAUGUCCUUUACAUGGUCGAUAGCUUUGGUCAAAUGAUCACACAAACUACAGGACUUACGCGUAAAUUAUUAUCGAACAGUGAUUCAAUCAUCGAAGCCAGUAAUCGUAAACUCCUUCAGAUUUCAAGUGCCCAACCUAAUGCUGUAGUUUCUGCAGAUGGGAGUGGACAAUACAAGACCAUCAAGGACGCAAUUAAUGCUGUCCCAAAAAAAAACACUAAGCCUUUUGUUAUCCUCAUCAAGGAGGGUAUAUACAAGGAGAAUAUUGAGAUCGAAAAGGACAAACUUAAUGUAGUGUUAAUUGGUGAAGGACCAACUAAGACCAUAAUUACCGGUGACAACGCGGUAAAGAAUGGUGGAGGGAUGACAACUUGGCAUACAUCCACACUUGGGGUGUCAGGAUUUGGUUUUGUAAUGAAGGAUAUCGGAAUUCAAAACACAGCAGGACCAGAGAAAGAACAAGCUGUUGCACUAAGGGUGAAUGCUGAUAAGGCAGCGGUCUACAACUGCAAAAUAGAUGGGUACCAAGACACCUUAUAUGCUCACUCAAACAGACAGUUUUACCGUGACUGUAACAUUACAGGAACCAUCGACUUUGUUUUUGGUGCUGCUGCUGCUGUUUUCCAAAAUUGUAAGUUGAUUGUAAGGAAACCAGGUGACACCCAAAAUUGCAUGAUGACUGCUCAGGGAAAUGUUGAUGUAAAAUCAACUGGUGGAUUUGUUAUCCAGAAUUGUGAUAUCUCAGCUGAGCCAGAGUUCCUUGCUACCAAUCCAGCAAUUAAGGCAUAUCUUGGACGUCCAUGGAAAAUGUACUCAAGGACAAUUAUCAUGCAAUCAAAUAUCGAUGCAUUUAUUAAUUCAGAAGGAUGGGCUCCAUGGAACACUACUGACUUUGGAAUCCAUACAUGCUUCUACGCUGAGUAUCAGAACAGAGGUCCAGGUGCUACCCUUGACAAAAGGGUCUCACAUUGGAGAGGUUACCAGAAAGAUAUUUCAGGAGACACUAUUAAUAAAUUCACUGCCGAUAAAUUCAUUAACACCAAUCCACAAUGGCUUCCAGUGGCUGAUAUUCCCUAUGAGGCUGACAUGAUGAUGGUGUAAUUACAUACACCAUUUAUUGUGUAAAUUUUUAUUUCUCAAUUCAAUUUUCUUUUUGUCCCUCAAGGACUAUUUUGUUUUAGCUAAUUAAUUAAUCUCGGUAUUUUUUCUCAUUUAUUUAUUCCAAUAAAAUUAUCUCUUUCAUCCAA